ACCCGAUACGGUUGACGAACACGACAUACUGCGAAACAAAAAUGACUAGCGAAGAAGAAAAGAGCACCAACAAUAACAACCACAACGAAAGCUUCGAGAUACACGAGUGCUUCGGCAAAGACAUCAUCGAUCGGUACGACGGGUUCAUCCUGGAUCAAUUCGGUGUGCUGCACAACGGUGCCCACGGAUUGGAGGGCGCACCGGAGCUCGUUCAGAAACUAGCGGGGGACUACAACAAGAAACUCGUCAUCCUSUCGAACUCAUCGUCGUCGUCGGAAUCGUGCAAGGCGAAACUGCCGAAACUGGGCUUUGAUCCCAAAAACUUUUGCAACGCGGUCACCAGCGGAGAAGAAGCCGGGAAGUAUAUCCGCGACCAAUACGCGGGCACGACGACCCCCGAGGGCGCUAUGAAAAAGGCCCUUUGGUUUACCUGGAAGACGAAAUCGUCGCUCUCCCCCCUGCGGUUUCUUGAGCUGUGCGGGAACAUUCCGGUGACGACCGAUCCUAGCGAAGCGGACUAUGUUGUGCUCCACGGGGUGGACCUCCUUAGGGGGCCGGGAGCCGAUGGAGAAGCGGAGGAAGUGUCGCUCGGAGAUUUUUUCGAAACCGGGAAACUGGACGGCGGGAGCGAGAGCGAGAGCGGUGACUCUCCGGCGACAACGACCAUCGAGUCCAUACUGCAGGCCUGCGCCAAGCGCGGCCUUCCMAUGGUGUGCGCAAACCCCGACUUUAUCAUGGUCAAACCCGACGGAUCGACCGGAUACAUGCCUGGAACCAUCGCGAGGCGAUACACCGAGCUGGGGGGUUCCUGCGUCGAGUUUGGAAAGCCCCAUGCAUCCCACUUCGAGGCCUGCCUCCGGGACCUAGGACUGCCACGGGAAAAGGUCGCCCACGUCGGCGAUUCCCUGCACCACGACAUCAAGGGCGCGAACGACUCCCGGGUCGAUAGCGUCUUUGUGGCGGGAGGGGUGCACCGGACCGAGCUGGGGAGCGCGCUGAACGAGGUUCCGAGCAGGGAUGCCCUGGACGCCCUCUUCGAGAAACACGCCCUUAUGCCGACGCACGUGGUGCCAAUGUUUCGGAUGGAAUAAGGCAAGCAAGAAACGCACCGAUGCUACAACGUAAUUGUUUCAUCAAUUCCACGACAAAGGCUCUAGUGGUGUGCUCCAACAUCGUGAAUGGAUGCCAACUASAACGACAACAGAAACACACGCAUUCUAUAUGGUGCAAAAUGCCGGAGAUUUUACUAUCGCUGCUUUGGUAAAUUAAUCRUAAAGAGUAGU